AACGAUCGCCCAGGGCCCUCCAAAUCGAUCAGGAACCUCACCUCACCCUACAUUCCUUUUGUUGGGGAAUUUGUAGGGGCUUGAUUCCUUUCCAGCCGUUGUAGACCGCCCAGCUCUUAUUCGCGUGUUUGCCGCAGAGAACCUCUCGCCGCCAUGGUGUGCAUACGGCAAGCCACCGUGGACGAUCUGCUGGCAAUGCAGAGCUGCAACCUCAUGUGUCUGCCUGAGAACUACCAGAUGAAGUACUACCUGUACCACAUCCUCUCGUGGCCGCAGCUGCUCUAUGUGGCGGAGGAUUACAACAAGAAGAUUGUCGGCUAUGUGCUCGCCAAGAUGGAGGAGGAGUCAACGGAAUGUCGCGGCCACAUCACGUCCCUCGCUGUCUCUCGCACGCACCGCAAGCUGGGGCUCGCCACCAAGCUCAUGACAGCCGCCCAGCACGCGAUGCAGGAGGUCUUCGGAGCCGAGUACGUGUCACUGCAUGUGAGGAAGAGCAACAGAGCUGCCUUCCACCUCUACACUGAGACGCUCGGUUACAAGAUCAACGACAUUGAGGCGAAAUACUAUGCUGAUAGCGAGGAUGCUUAUGACAUGCGCAAGAACCUCAAGCCUGCAGCUGAGAAGCCCAAGAAGGAGCUCAAGGGAGGGAAGGGGGCUUCUGACGAUAAGGCAGCUGCUAGUAAAGAGGAUGCAGCUAAGGAGAAGGCAGAAGCAAGCGCAACUAGCGAGGAUGCAGCAAAGGGAAAGAAUGGUGCAGAGGCAGCUAGUAGGAAAGACGAGUCGAAGGCGGGGGAGAAAAAGGAGGAGGGUGGUGCUGAAAAGGCGUGUGAAGAGAAGGUGGCAGCUCCUGCCACUCCGGUAAAGGAGAAAGAGAAGGGGGGGUCUCGAGGCGGUGGGAAGGGUGGGUCUGGCCGCCGGCGAAAGGGUGGUAAGGGGUAGUGAAGUGCUGUAGAUUGUAGCACGUAAUGCGGAACCUCUAGAAGUUUCCAGGGUUUACGAACAGGUGCUUUCCAUUGCUGGCCAAGUGUAUUAACAGGUGAAAACGAGGCUAAAUAAUCGUUUACAUGGCAUGCUGCAAGUGGGAGAAUCAUUGCAAUAGCAGUAGCAAGUAACAAUGGCCUCUGGAAUCGUGUUGAGUGCACCCUGAAUUGGACCCUAAACG